AUGGAGGUUGGAAUUGGAAUUGGAUUCAAGACACUGACAGUGCUUGUUGGAUUGAAAGGCCCGCCUACACUGCCGAUAAUUGGCAACAUACACCAGCUACCAAAGAAGGAUCUCCACAAAGCAUAUCAGCAAUGGGGCGAGAAAUAUGGCCCAAUCUUCUCUCUCCAACUCGGUCAAGAGACAGUCAUUGUCCUCGCCGACGGGUAUGCUGUCAAAGCGGUCAUGGAUAAGCGGAGUGGCAACACCUCCGACCGCCCCAAGUUGUACAUGCAAGAUAUAUGGGAAGGCUCACGAAUCAUCAUGAGAGGCUAUGACGAUCUCUGGAAGAUUGAACGAAGACUCUACCACAUCUUUCUGAACCAAAACGUCGCGGCCAAAUACGUACCAUACCAAUCGCUCGAGACGAAGAAGAUGUGCCUGGAUCUCCUCGACCACCCCGAGGCCUUUGUCGACCAUAUCGGUCGCGCCACCAGCAGUCUCUCGACGAGCAUGACCUACGGCUUCCGCAUCCCCACGCUGGGGAAUCCCAUUGCCGAAACCAUGUUUGAGACGGCCCACGGCUUCUUCGCCUUGGUGGUCAACAGCCAGCUCUUCGAUUGGUAUCCGCGACUGCGAAUCGUGGCCAAGAUCCUGCCGAAAUGGUUGAAUCCUUUGGCCGCCAAAGGAACUCGAAUCUAUCACAAGGAACGCGCGCACUUCCGCCAGCUGUUUUUGGACGCCAAAGCGAGGGGGAAGUCCGGCACCGCUUUACCUUGUUUCGCCCUCGAUAUCGCCCAAGCUCAGGAGACUUGGAAGGAUGUCGAUCUUCUCACCGACCAUGCAGCAUCUUACAUUGCUGGCAUCUCAUUUGAAGCAGGCGCCGACACUUCGAAAAAUACCUUGGUCGGCUUCAUCAAGGCCAUGGUUCUGUUCCCGGAAGCACAGAAGCUGGCGCAGAAGGAAAUCGACGACGUGGUGGGCAGCGACACGAUGCCUGGGAUCGAGCAUUCCGAUCAACUGCCGUACAUCAGAGGCACGGUGAAGGAAUCGCUGAGAUGGAUGCCAACAGCCAUCACCGGUGCCGUCCCGCACGCAGCCCGAACCGAAGACCAUGUGAAUGGAUAUCGCAUUCCGGCCGGGGCGACGAUUUCACUGGCCGUAUGGUCAUGCAACAACGACCCCAAGCUGUUCCAUGAUCCGCGCGUGUUCAACCCGGCCCGACACAACGUCAGUCUCUCGAUCGGCCAGGCCGCCGUCGCGCCGGACGUCAAAGACCGAGAUAUGUGGACGUUUGGCGCCGGGCGUCGCAUUUGCCCCGGUCUGCAGGUGGCGGAGCGCACGCUUUUCCUGUCGAUUGCGCGCAUCCUGUGGGCUUUCGACAUCACGCCGGAAAGGGACGCUGACGGAGUCGCCCUCGAGAUCGAUCCCGAUGCCGUCACCCAGUCGAUUGGAUGUUGUCCGUUGCCUUUCAGAUGUAAAAUCACCCCACGCGACGAGAAGCGGGCACAGAUCUUGAGGGACGAGUGGGCCAGGGCCCAAGAAGUUCUCACCAAGGAUGGAAACUACAAAGAGUAUAUCCUGAAGAAGUAG